AUGACUGAGAAACAGGCACGGCGUCCACCUGUGGCGCCAAAGCCAUCAUUCAUUCAACAGGAUGCUGCCUCUCCGAAGACCUCCCCUGUUCCUUCGCCUGCGUUGAGAGGUGCUACAACGGCUUUUGGUCCCGGCCCGGCCAAACUUUCCAAUGACGGUGCUUCGCAUAAUCCAUCCGCAGGCGCCUUACUUGCCGCGACUGCGGCCGCCAGCAAGAUACAACAAAAUCAACGACAGCAACAAGCGCAACCUGCUCGACAAAAUGCCCCUUCACCAUUAGAACCUCCUUCUACCCCUCGUGGUCGUGCUUUGACGACGGAAAACCUACCAGUCGCUGUGUCCAACCAUUCUUCGAUUUCUCCUUCAAAGCCUGGGUUCCAACCUCAUCUCCCUCGAUCAACCUCUGCUGUUGCUGCAGUCGCGGCCUCUGCGAGAACGAGUCCUGCCCGCAGGCCAGAAAUUAAAAGAGAUCAGACUGGUUCAUAUUUGAAGAAACCGGAAUUGUCACAUGAAGUCAGGCAGAGGGGCAUGAGCACAAGUAGUAACAGCGAGACUGUUCAAUCUCGACAAAAGAGUCCAGACGCUCUUGCAGGGGCCAUUGCUUCUAUGACAACAGCUCCCGUUCAAGCACCAGCCCAGAACACAAGCGUCGAUAGGCAGAAGACUGAUCUGGGGCCCAUUCCUCGUUUGACUCUUCAAUCACCACAUCGUUCAUCCGCAUCAAGUCCACCCCCCUCUGGAACAGCUGCGGCAGUGACAGCCACCAAAAACGCCGCCAGUGUCGAGGCAAGGAAGAGAACGCCUUCGACAUCCGGAGAAGGUGCCCUCAAUGACAUAUCCCGUGAUAUUGGAUUGUCCGCCCAACCCAUAGCCUCGAGCUGGCCUCGAAUCAGGUUCACACCGCCACAAACUGAUUCGGAAAGCGAUUCCGUACGGACGACAUCAGAAACCCCUCGAAAACCGCUUCCCGCACCGAUUCCUUUGCGACCGAGUGUUGCCGCUAUUAUUGCGCAAGAACAAGCCAAUAAGACAAACUCCAAUUCCCCCAUUUUAGACGCUCGAACCAAGAUGACGGCCAGCUCUCUAGCUGAUGCUAUGGUGGCGUCAUCUCUUGCAUCCCAACAUACAGGCUCACGAGUGGCACCGCCAUCAAAGAAAGUUCCUCCAGCAAUACCACGCAGAAGAUCCAAGUCGGUUAGAGUAGUGAGCGGUGGAAGACAUCAUUCGCAUUUUCCCAGUCCGAAGACUGACAGCGUUUCACAUCCACCGAAAUUGACACCGCUUCCUGUGCGGCCGAUGAGGCGCACCCUGCGGAACCAAUCGCCCGAACGUGAUGAUGUUGCGGAUGAACAAACCAAACGGGGGAGACGACAUUGGAGACGACAUCCUAACAUGCAUCAUGAAGGUGACCGUAAGAGGUGGAGAGACAAAGUUACGGAACGUGAGAGGAAAAGGUACGAAGGCGUCUGGGCUGCUAAUAAGGGUGUUCUUGUUGAUCACGACCUCGAUAAUCCAGAUCUUGAACCAGCCAAGGACGGUACUCUUCCAAGUGAUCUGGUGGUCAACGUGGUGGUGCGGGACAUUUGGGAACGCAGUCGUUUGCCCAAAGAUGUUCUGGAAGAAGUGUGGGAUUUGGUUUCCCAACCAGGCGCGAAAACUCUGAAUCGCGAAGAGUUCGUGGUUGGUCUAUGGUUAAUUGAUCAACGGCUCAAGGGAAGAAAGUUACCAAUCAAGGUAUCGCCUAGUGUGUGGCAGAGCGUGAGACACACUCAGGGAGUAAAAAUACCGAGUAAACCUUUGCAGAAAUAG